AUGCGCACAUGUAAGAGAUGGCAUCACAUCGCUAGUACAGUGCUGUACCAGCACAUCUCUCUGGACUCAAAACUUCGAGAGGACACAUCAGGUGCACGAUUCGGAAGAUUCGCUCGACAAUACCACCUCAUCCAGUCGCUUAGCGUACGCAUAACUCAGGUGCAUUUGAUGGGCUUCAGUGUUCGGUCGACGGAUGCUUUCGAUCGUCUAGCAGAGUUGUGCGAAGCCGUGCGCAGGAUGAAGAACUUACGCACCUUUGCGCUGUCGUUUGAAGAAUCGUUGGACUACCUGGAAGGCUUUUCUGUACCCAGCGCUGUCAUUGUCUUAAUCUUGCAGAGUCUCCCUGCGUCAGUAGUCAAUCUCAACCUUGAUUGCGACUGCAUCAAUCGUCCAGACCUCGAUCAGCCUCAUGUGUGCCAUGCUGUGAGUGCUUUGCUACCGCGCCUUAGGAGCUUGAGGCUGCGCAUCUCUCAUCUUUGUUCUGGAUUACUGUCGAGCCUUUUCCCAGCAGCGACACUCGACCACGAACACCCGAGCAGGCCUCCAAAGUCAAAGAAGCCGCUGAACAGAACAUCUCGAUUGGAGUAUCUCGUCAUUAGACUCAUCGCACGUCCAGAGUGCGCCCACCUGGCCCACACCGCUCUCUGCUCUUCCAGCGACAAACUUCUCCACGGCGCGAAACUCGCAAGAACACUUCAGGAACUAUACAACGUCGGAGCAUUCCCAUCGCUCUGCGAGUUCGUCGUCAUCGGUCGCGUCAACGCGCCAUCGACCCUGCAAAACGACAACUGGAACGUCUUCAAGGUCCGCACUUUCGCCCGCGGCAUUUCGGAGACGAUCACGCUACCCUGGUGCGCAAGAGGAGGCUCAAGCUCCUUGUACAUGAUCCGCGAUUGCGACGGCGACUGGUUCGGCUCCUUCGCCAACAUUUCCAAUUCACUGGAAGGGCCGCUCGCGUGGACAAAGACCGGAAUAAAAGCUACGCGGUAUUUGAAGCCGUAUGAACGGAGCAACGAUUGGGGGCUCGAUCGUACGAAGCUGGCGCCACGAGACUCGGUCAUAAAAAAGUUUGGGGUGUCCUUUAGGCUUUGGAAACAUGAAGAUGCAACGCGAGCGAAGUUGCUGAGCGCUCGUAAGGUUUCUGGAUUCAGGGAUACCGAAGUCGCGAGCCAGAUUGUGCCAGAUGGGUGGAGGUGGGUCAUCGCGGAGGGCCCCUGGAACUGGACUAUUGAGCCGAUGACUGCGUACUAA